AUGCCUCCAAAUGUUAAGCGAAUGGUUUUGACGGCUGCGGUCGUCUCUAUCACUAUAACAGGCACCCUCUAUGGAGCUGGUUUGAAAACAAAUGAAGAAGUCGCCCAGACGAAGAAGAAGCAAGAAGAAUCGACCUUUGACGAUCAAUUUAAAGCCCUUCAAGCUAUGCGGUCAAACCUUGUCGCCCGGAGAGGCAUACUCGAGAACCAAAUACAUGACUUGGAUGCAAGGGUGCUGGAAAAGCAACAGAAAGGAAUCAGCAAGGACGACAAGCAACAACCACAGGGGGGACGAUGA